AGUUACUAAUAGUGCCCUUUUUGAGAACGCUGUGCAAAUUUGCUGAGUUUUCUGGUUUUGAUCGCGAGAAAAUUAUUUUUCAAUAUGAAUCGUCACGCAGGACGCGAUAAUAAAAUGAACCGUGGGGGCCGUGGUGGCGGAGGACCGAUGCGUCGCAAUGAUCGCAAUGGCGGACGAAUGGAAAAACGAUUCGACCGUCAGGAACGGAAUGGAGAAAAUCUCCGACCAGUUCGCUGGGAUCAGGUGAAGUUGGAACCUUUUAAAAAGAACUUUUUCACUCCCGCUAGCAGUGUGUUGGAUAGGUCGCGUUCUGAUGUCUGCCAGUAUUUGGACAAGAACGAGAUCACUAUGAUAGGAAAGAAUGUUCCUGCUCCUAUCAUGUUUUUCGAGGAAAGUGGAUUUCCAAAAUGUUUCUUAGAUGAGAUGACAGCACAGGCUUUUCAGGAUCCUACGUGCAUCCAAGCCGUUGGAUGGUCUAUCGCAAUGAGUGGCCGAGACAUGGUCGGUAUUGCCAAAACUGGUAGUGGAAAAACAUUGGCGUACAUCUUGCCUGCUUUAAUACACAUCAGUAAUCAAGGCAGACUGUUACGUGGCGAUGGUCCUAUCGCCUUGGUAUUAGCACCAACGCGCGAGUUGGCUCAGCAGAUUCAGCAAGUUUGCAAUGAUUUCGGUCGUCGGAUGAGUAUUAUGAAUACUUGCAUAUUUGGAGGAGCUUCCAAGCAUCCUCAAGCAGAUGAUUUGCGUCGGGGUGUGGAAAUAGUAAUAGCCACACCGGGACGCUUGAUCGAUUUCCUGGAGAGCGGAACGACUAACUUGCGACGUACUACAUAUUUAGUGCUUGACGAAGCUGAUCGUAUGUUGGAUAUGGGUUUCGAACCACAGAUUCGGAAGAUUAUUUCGCAGAUCCGUCCGGAUCGACAGGUUUUGAUGUGGUCGGCUACCUGGCCGAAAGAAAUUCGCAAGCUGGCUGAAGAAUUUCUUCGUGACUAUGUUCAAAUCAAUGUUGGUUCGCUUAAUUUGGCUGCAAAUGAAAAUAUUCUUCAGAUAAUUGAUUGCUGCCAGGAAUAUGACAAGGAAAAUCGGCUGCUCAAGCUGUUGAAUCAGCUGUCGCAGCAAGGACAGCUGAAAUCGAUUAUAUUUGUUGAGACAAAGAGGAAGGUUGAUCAGAUCGUCGGAUUUAUCAAGCGUAAUGGCUGGAGGGCCGACGGAAUUCACGGAGACAAAACGCAAAAAGAUCGUGACUUCGUGCUGAAUACGUUCCGCCGUUCAAAUACAGGAAUUUUGGUCGCAACUGAUGUGGCCUCACGUGGUUUAGAUGUUGACGAUGUCAAGUUCGUCAUAAAUUAUGAUUUUCCUAACAAUACGGAAGAUUACAUCCAUCGUAUCGGCCGUACAGGGCGUUCAACCAAUAAGGGCACUGCGUACACCUUUUUCACGCCUGCAAAUUCAUCAAAGGCUAAUGAUCUCAUCGGAGUACUUAAAGAAGCUAAUCAGUUUAUCAAUCCGGAGCUAGAGGAAUAUGCUCGCCAUGGAGGCGGUGGCGGUCGCAGUCGCGGUGGUGGCGGCCGUGGUCGUGGAGGAAAUAUGGGACGUAGUGGCGGUGGUCGUGAUCGGGAUCGCCCAAUGCGAAAUGACGGCAAGGGUAGACGAGGCGAUGACUAUCGCAGUGGCACGGGAGAUGAUCGUGGCGCGAAGUUUGCCCGCCGUGAUGAUUAUGGAGGAAACCGUAACAAUUUUGCUUCCAAGACUACCGGUGGAUUUGGAAGUGCUGGCAACGAUCGUGACGGGUUUGCUUCCAAGCCUGCUGGUGGUUUUGGCGAAAGAGACAGUGGAUAUAAAUCCGGAGGCUUUGGCGGUGGUUUCGGCGGUUCCAGUGGAUUUGGAGCAAGUAACUCCCGCAGUGAUACGAAACCGUCAUACGGCGGUGGUGCCGAAAAAUCUAAUGGAUAUGGAGGCAUGACUGAUUCUAGAUCUGCUAGCUACAGUGCCACAAACCGCUCAGCAAGUGGCGCUAGUGGAGGAUAUGGCGGUGGCAGCUCAUCAUAUUCUGAUGAAAAACGUGUAGCAAGUGUUUCGACACUUCCUCCCAAUUUUAGCAAACCACCGCCAUCUUUUGCUUCUUCAGCUGGUGGUUUCAGUGCACCACCUCCAGCGAGACGCCCAGAGGAAAGAUCACGCCCGACCUUGCCCAGUACUGUUGGCAGCUCGUUUGGCUCUCUAAAUGGCAGUAGCUAUGGUUCAACUGGAGCGGGCGGUAUGCAGAGUAAUUCGCAAUAUCAGUCGAAUCAGAGCAGAUCGUAUGGAGGCCGACCUGGCGUUCAAUCCGCUGUAGGUGGUGGUGGCAUAUAAAAUCACAUUCUGACAUUCAACAAAUAAUAAUAUUAUCCAAAUAGCAAGUAAGCAUCAGCAAAAUAUGCGCAUCUUUUUAAGAACACUCGUUCCAAUCUGCUUCACCGUAACUAUGCAAGACAAUUAUUUUGAACCGUUUUGGUUAAUAUCUUCAGCAGAUUUAUUAUAUUUUACUACCCAUAAUGAAGUGGUAUAAUAAGGUAGUGUAUUUAUCUUAACUUUAUGAUCAGAUAUUUUAUGUUUCCUCCUGUUUUAAUAGAGAAAGAGUAAAUAUUAAUAUUUCGAUAAAUAUAAUGCAAA